UAAAGGAAAAAGCUCAAAAAGAUGAAAACAUUAGGACACCACGUGACCUCCGAUCUGUGCUCUGAUUCGUUAAACGCCAGGUAAAAACCUUCUGAGGGCGUGGCCCGGUGCUGCGCUCUGAUUGGCCACCCGCUGUGUCAUUCACCUCCAGAGGCGGGUUUUCAUAGAGAGUUCGUGGUAGAAGAAGAAGAACGGAGCAGAAAUGUCUUCGGUUCCGGACGGGAAGAAGCUGGUCCGCAGCCUGAGCGGACUGAGAAUGGUUCCGGAAAACGGUGCCUUCAACAGCCCGUUCUCCCUGGACGAGCCGCAGUGGGUCCCGGACAAGGAGUGCCCGAGGUGCAUGCAGUGUGACACCAAGUUCGACUUCAUCAGAAGAAAGCACCACUGCAGGCGCUGCGGCCGCUGUUUCUGUGAUAAAUGCUGCAGUAAGAAGGUGGCGCUGCCCCGCAUGUGCUUYGUGGACCCGGUCCGGCAGUGCGCCGAGUGCAGCCUGGUGUCCCAGAAAGAGGUGGAGUUCUACGACCGGCAGCUGAAAGUUCUGCUCGGAG